AUGGAUAACAAAUAUAAAAAACAGACAGAUGAUAUCAUUUCCGAAAAAACUCCUACAUGGGCACCUAACUAUGACCUUUUCCUGACAGAUGGCGCUAAAUGGACUUUUGAUGCUUAUGUAAACAUUAAAAAUGCUCAACAGGGACAAUAUAAUGUCAAUAAUACUUAUUUGAUAGGUGGCAAUGUACAACUGGCUUCGAGCAUUCCACUAGUUAGCAUUUUUACAGCACCAUUAAUGAAAACAGCAAUGGAUAGUAGCUCUCAAAGUUCAAGUAAUGUUCAAUUGGAUACUGAACAACAAGGUUUAUAUUCAUACUCAUUUCACAAUGAUUAUACAUUGCAAGGAUUAAGCACAAUUCGAAUGCCGUUCGUUAAUAUUCAUCCAACAUAUAAAUUUUAUUAUGAAGCAUCGUCAAGUAUUGAAACGGGCCAGUAUCAGGGAGUUUUUAUGCGCAUGUAUGAUUUGACACCUGAUUCUUUUAUGCCAGCCGGUGUGCUUACCAUUCGUCAAAAUGGAACACUGCUUGGGCAGGCAAACCUGCCUGAUAUUCCUUCAAAUUAUACACAAACAAUUAGUCUUGGUCAAAAUAAUGAUAUUCGCUAUGUAGUUAAUGGCAAUAUGACAUCAUCCAUUUUGAGUAACAACAUAGUAACAAUGCAGACGUUUUAUCUCAUCAUUAGUAUUACAAACUAUCAAGAUAAAGCCAUUCAAGCUAAGCUUCAACUUUACGGAGCCAUUCAAACAAUAUUAAAUAGUUCAACUUGUCAAUCAGCCAUGAUUAAUGGAAAUUAUCUGAUUAUAGUGGCCAAUCUUACAAGUGGUCAAAAGCAACAGUGCACAGCUAAAGUUACACUUAAAUAUACAUAG